AUGUCCGGAGCUUGUGAAGGCUGUACUUGCGGCCGCGCAGAACAGAAUGGAGCCAAAGAAGAAGAGCUCGUCGCCAGGCCAGAGAGGUCGUUCACGGCGCCGGCGGAUAUUCAAUCUUAUGAGGGUGUAGAGCCUGCUGCUCCUCUCAGGUCGAAGCAGUGGUUCAAUGAUCCGAAUGAUCCUGGCAUGUCGGCGCUGUACCUCGAGCGAUACAUGAACUACGGCCUCACCCUCGACGAACUCCAUCCCAAGACCCGGCCCAUCAUCGGUAUCGCCCAAACAGGCUCCGAUCUUGCCCCCUGUAAUCGCCAUCAUCUUGAAACAGCAAAACGCGUGCGAGACGGUAUCAUCGCAGAAGGCGGUACGCCCUUUGAGUUCCCUUGUCAUCCCAUUCAAGAGACAGGCAAGAGGCCGACGGCGAGUCUGGAUAGGAAUUUGAGUUAUUUGUCGUUGGUGGAGGUGUUGUUUGGAUACCCGUUGGAUGGGGUCGUGCUUUUGACCGGGUGUGAUAAGACAACGCCCGCGCUGCUGAUGGCAGCCGCAACAGUCAACAUUCCUGCCAUUGUCAUGAACGUGGGUCCUAUGCUGAACGGCUACGCCGGUCACAAGCUCGUCGGUUCUGGGGGCGUCAUGUGGGACAGCCGAGCCGACUAUGCCGCCGGCAGGAUCAACGAACAAGAAUUCGUCACCCGGGUCUCUCUCUCCGCUCCUUCGGUAGGGCACUGUAAUACAGUGGGGACAGCGACCACGAUGAACUGUCUCGCCGAAGCACUCGGUAUGGCCCUCCCCGGCUCAUCCACCAUCCCCGCCCCAUACCGCGAGCGCCUCGCCUGCUCUUACGCCACUGGCCGCCGUAUCGUCCAGCUCGUCCGCGAAGAUCUCAAACCCUCCGAUAUCCUCACUAAAGCCGCAUUCGAGAACGCCAUCGCAGCGUGUACAGCUAUAGGCGGGUCGACCAAUGCGCCGAUUCAUUUGAUUGCUGUGGCGAAACAUAUAGGGGUAGAGUUGAGUGGGGAUGAUUGGGAGAGGGUGGGGUAUGAGUUGCCGCUUUUGGUCAAUGUGCAGCCGGCGGGGAAGUGGCUUUGUGAGGAAUUUCAUCGGGCUGGAGGUCUACCUGCCGUGAUAGCAGAACUCUUGAAACACAACGCCCUCCCCCACCCCACAUCCCUCACAAUAACCUCCAAAUCCAUCUCUUCCAACUGCUCCAACGACUUUUCGCGUAACCCCGAUGUCAUCCUCCCAUUCGACAAACCCCUCUUGCCCAAAGCAGGGUUCCUCCACUUGAAGGGCUCUCUCUUCGACAGCGCUAUCAUGAAGACUUCUGUGAUAUCAGAAGCGUUCAGAAAGGCGUGGUUGGAAAACCCGGACGACCCGAUGGCAUUCGAAGGGCCCGUAGCAGUCUUUGACGGGCCGGAGCAUUACCACAAAUCCAUCGACAACCCUUCCCUCAAUAUCGAUGCUGGUACUAUCCUCAUUAUGAGAGGCGCAGGACCGCAAGGGUAUCCUGGUGCAGCCGAAGUAGUCAACAUGCUCCCUCCAGGUAGACUCGUAAAGGAAGGCGUCGAGCUGCCAUGUAUCGGCGAUGGACGGCAGAGCGGCACGUCGGGGUCACCUAGUAUCCUCAACGCUUCCCCCGAAGCAGCUACCGGUGGCACCCUCGGCCUUUUGCAGAACGGCGACCGAAUCCGGAUUGACCUCCUCAAACGCCGUGCCGACGUCCUCCUCCCUCCCGAAGAGUUGGAGAAGAGAAGGAAAGAAUGGGGGACGUAUAAGCAAAGGGGCAAAGUACCGGAGAGUCAGACGCCGUGGCAAGAGUUGUUUAGGCAGACGGCGGGAGAGCUGAGUGGGGGAAUGACGGUGAGGGGGGCGGAGAAGUAUCAGAGGUUGGCGCAGACGGCGGGGGUACCGAGGCAGAAUCAUUAG